CCCAAACCAAAAAUAUUGACAUUCCUUUUUCCCGCUCAGCCCAAAAUUCCUUCUCUUCAUCCACACACCAAGCGCACUAACUCCCAACACUGCCGUCCUCACCCGCCGCCGCUGCAAUGGAACGCGAUACGGAGGCCGCCAUCAUCGACAAACUCCAGUCAGCCACGGAUCUCUCCGGCAUCCACCGCAUCAUCGCCGCUCACCUCCACCCUUUCACCCCUUUCUUCAAGCCUUCCGCCUCAGCCGUAAAAAAACCAGCGAAAGUUUCAAAAUCUAAACCCCCGGACGACCCCCCCUCCAUCCGCCCCCUCGCCAAACAUUUCCUAUCGUUCAUACACAAGUCCCUUUCCCUCCUGCCCAAACGCCUCACCGAAUCCCCUCCAAUUCCUCGGGAAUCCGCCAUGGAAUUGUUUGAUAGCUACCGCCUCAGCCUCAACUGCCUUGACCUGAUUUCACCGGAGCUUGCCGGAAAGCCCCAUUCUGUUCAGGUGCAGAGAAUUCGGUACGUACACUGUCUGGAGCACUGGGAGCUGUAUAAGGAGGCGGAAGCUGAGGGUUUUGAUGUGCUUGAGAGCUUACGUGAGAUUGUAGGAGGACCAAAGAGUAAGUCCAGAAAGUCAAAGGCGCGUUUGGUUCCUGAGUUAGACAAGGACAAUGUGGAUCAAGAAGUUGCGGCUAUUAUCUUAGAGAUUGUUGUGACACUGGUGAAAUGUGCGUCAAAGAGGAGGAGUGAAGUGGAUGCUGAUUAUUGGAGAGUAAUUUUGUUGGUGAACGAAUCGGAGCCAUGGUUCAAGAUUUUGGAUGCCAAAGACUACGAGAAGUUCCAUCGUUUCCUGGAGACAAAUUUGCAUAUAAUCGCUCUAUUUCUGGUAGCAGAGAUAAAAUCUUUUGGAAUGGAUUUGGUACAGAAGUUCACUAUGGCCUCCAUUAAAGAAUACAAGAAAUCGCAUAAUCAUGAUCAAAUGAAAAAGGUUGCACUCAAGAUUUGUUCGUCCUUAUUUUCUCAAAGGGACGAGCUGUCAACUAAUAUCAUUAUUGAUGUGUUGAAACAUAUCUUGGAUAUGAUGGCUGCUGAAUGCAAGUUACGUUGCGAGUUCAACUUCACUACGUACAUGUGGAGAGAAUCCUAUAAAAAGGCUGCUAGGAAUUUCAGCAAAUCCAAGAUUUGCCUAACCAAAAUCAAUGGAUCUAACCAUGUUGGAGAGGAAAAACCAACACUUGGAUUUCUGGAACUUGUAUGUUAUUGUGCAAAUAAAUGUCAUAGUGUACCUGUCAUUUUACGUGAUCCUGUUGCGAAACUGUUGUCUGGAUUAGCUGGCCGUUUUCGUAAGGAUUUGCUGUUCAUCAGCUCUAUUAUGAGGCUUUAUGCUAGUGGAUUAUUAGCAAGUCCGUCAAAGAAUCAGUCAAAAGGGGAGGAAACAGGAAAUUGCAAUAAGACUCCACUGGGAUCUGCUCUUCAGUUUCUGCUGAAUAACCACGAAUGGCUUCAAGAAGUUGCAGCUUCAAUUAGCUUUUUGAAUGACUACUUUGGCAUUGGUGCCAAAGAAAAGGAUUGUCAUAACAACGGAAUAUCACACUCACCUUACUGGGAAGCACUCAAAUUUUUUUGUCAGUCACUUGCAGAGUCCAUCUAUUCCAAUAGGAAUAAUUUUUUCUCAGAGGCAGAGAGUUAUUUGGAUGAUUUAAGCAGUAUCCACAAUGCAUUUCAUCAAUUUUGCUAUAUGUUCCUUCAAUGUCUCAGUUCGAAUGAAAGGGAGAGAGAGACAUCUGGAGACAACCACAGAGUGAUCUCCGUUGUAGUUGUUGCUGCUCUUAUGCUCUCAAUGAAGACUAAUCAAAAUAUUAAGGAAAGCACACUGUUGGUGAAGAAUGUUAUUUUGACUGAGUGGGUUCCGGUUAAAAGGCUUAAGUAUUUAUACGUUUGUCUCAACAACAUAGCUGUAAUUUUAAACCGGAAAAAGUGGCUGAAGGAGGCAACAAAAGCUUUGAAAUUAUGCUGUAAAGCUGCCUGGUACAAUGUGGUAGAUCUUUGUAAAGUGUAUGUCAACAAGUCACAAGUGUCUCAUGAUGAUCUGUCGGAAAAGGACAUUGCAGAUUUUGUUACUGAGGCUUCUGGAAAAGUUGCUUUCCUUCUGGAACUCAAUCAAGAUGCUUAUUACAAGAUAAAUGGAAUCAUUAAAGAAAGCCUUAAAUGCUGGUCCAUUUCAGAAAAUUUGAUUGCGAUACUACCAACUCCCGUUUCUUUGGUUAAGGAGUGGGUGAAGAUACAAUAUCUACUGUCAAAGGAUGCAGAUUCAGAGGAUGGCAUAAUGCUGUAUUCUUUGCUUGCAUCUCCUAAAGAAAUAUCUAAGAAGUCUCUUGGGAGAUUAUUGGAAGAGGAGCUUCUUGCAUAUGAUGAAAAGAGUUACAUAAAUCCUGGAUAUGGCCUCAGAAUGCGAAUGAAAAUCAUUGGUGUUCUCUUAGAAGAGGUUUAUGUUACAAAAGACAGUAAUAUAAUGAAGUCUAAAACUCUCCUACAAAAGGGGAAACUACUAAGAGUUUAUGGAUUAGCACGACUUGAUGAGUGUAUCAAAUGUCUAUCAGAAGCAAUAUCCAUAUUGAAGUCAAUAUGUGGUGCAAGAAAGAGUUGUUGUUCUCUGGUUCAUCGGCUGCUUGUGCAUGCUUAUAUUUUGCAUGCUUUGUUCACCCAGGAAGCAUCACCCAGCACACUCGUUUUAUCACCUGAAAGGCUAGUUGGCUUUCUUCAUGAUGUUAACACUGCACUGAAUCUCUGCCUGAGCCCAGAUCAUGGCCAUGCAGAGGAACAAUAUGAAGACAUGCUUUAUUUGUGGUAUCAGCUCAUCGAUUUCUUAUCCAUCAAAGGAUACUUGGAAAGUCACCCUAUCUUGUAUGAUGUUGUGAUCAAGUUAUUCAAUGGGAAGAACUUUUCUUUCCUGACGACUGUAUCUGAGCUCUGGAGAAGUAAAAGGCUCGGUCAUGCCCUCUGUGCUUCACCUGUAAAUCAUAUUUUUGUCAAAACUUUUUCUAAGCACCAGAGCCGAGAUUGUAGCUCUGCCGAAUUUUGGAAAAUGUUCAUGGAGGAACUGAAGCCACUUGCAGUUGGGUUUCAUCACAACAAUAGUGAGAUUGAGCAAGCAGCCUCUGGUCUAAUUUCCAAUGUUCCACUCUCCAGUUGUUCAAUGUUCCUUUCGUCGAAUCUCUACUAUGAUUUGUCUGAAAGACUGAUGUCAAGUGGAAGAAUUACUGAGGCUCUUACAUAUGCAAAAGAGGCUCAUCGCUUGCGUAGUAAACUGUUACAACAAAAAUUUGAAUAUUCAGUGGAGAAAAUGUUUGAAACAUUUCAAGAGAAUGGGAUAAUCGUUGAAAAGAGUUACUUUGGCAUCAACACCUUUAGAGUUGCUGAUACCAUUGUGAUGAAAGGCUCUUGCGAUUACGAAGGCUGCAUCCUUACUCCAUGGAAUGUCUUGAGUUGUUACCUUGAAAGCCUAUUACAGGUUGGAUGUGUCCACGAGAUACUCGGAAAUGUAACUGAGGCUGAUAUGCUUUUACGGUGGGGUCGGAAUGUCUCCCAGUUUCAGGGCUUGCCACUUUUUGAAAUAUCCUUUUCUUCUAUGUUGGGAAAACUAUACCACAAACAAAAGCUCUGGAGCAAUGCUGAAAAAGAAUUGUCCAGUGCUAAGAAAACUCUGGCCGACAACCUUCACAUCAUUUCCUGCAAAAAAUGUGUACUUAUGUUGGAAAGUUCUAUCGAUCGGCAAAUUGGAGAUUUAUUCUUGAGCAGCUCUUGCAGUACUGGGGACACGCCUUUUCCAAAGAGGUUGUUUAAUGCAAAAAGAUUGUAUAAGUCAGCCUUGGACAACCUAAACCUGACCGACUGGAGGAGUUGCUACUCUACUUCUGAAGAAGCUGCUGUUGAGCAGGUCAUAAGAGAGAUAUCUGAACUUAGAAUUGAACCCAGAAGAUCUAGAAGGACAAAGAAGGAAUUGAAACCUGCCUCUCAGAAACAGGACAUGGUUUGUGGUCGUAACCGUAGGGUUACUCGGUCCACCCGUCAGCCUUUAUUGGAAACCUGUGAGCUUGUCACAAAUGAAAGACAAACUAGUCCGGCUGCUGAUUUGGCCACUGAGCAUUUGUCUACUGCUUCUGUUGGAUCUGAUCAUAGUGUGCGGAACUCUGAAUCAAAAUGUUCUGCUGCUGAUUUUCAAAGUGACAUCCUGUCCCUUUGCAACAAAUUUAAGUGUUGGCACUGUCUUCACAUUGAAGCUGUUGAAUGCAGCAGUCUGAAUAAUUUCAUACAGACAAAAUGGGAGCUGGUUUACAGAAAGCUUUGUUUACGAGUACUCAUUAGUAUAGGGAAAUUUUCUGGAAUAUGUGGCGAUAUUCAUGAAGCUCAUGAAAUUUUAUUGCAAAGCAUAUCAGUUCUAUUCAGAAGAAACUCAAAUUGUUCCAAGUACUCUUCAGAUUCCCUUACUUCCUUAAUUGAGUCAAUUGGAAAGCAUUUUCCUGGAGAUACAUUGGCAGUUGAACGUGCUGCACUCCUUUAUUAUAUAUGCUGGUUCACUUUGAAAAGUUAUCCUAACCAGCGUAGCAGGAAAUUCUGCUGUGAGCUAUCUGGGAUUGGGAUAGUGAGGAUUAUUUCCUUGUUGAAGCUGUCCUUCACACUUUGUCGGGAAAUCCCUGUACUUUUUCAAAAGAUAUCCAGGUUGCUGGCAACCGUUUAUGUACUUUCUACCUCAUUGAAGCAAUGGUCUAUAUCUCCAUGUGAUGAAGGUUUCGAAAGCCGGUUGGGUUCAUUCUUCCAUCAGGCAUCACUAGGAACCCAUCUUAAUCAGCAAAUUGUAUAUAACAUCAUGCAGAGAAAACAAACCCAAGUCGUUGCAGAUUCUGAGGAUUCUUCUCUUCUAUACUCGGAGUCAACCAUUCCCGACAUAUCUUGUUCGCUAAGGUCUGCCCCUGAGUCUUCCGAGGAUCUGGAAGAAUUUGUUCAAAAUUUUUUUGAGGGCCUGCCACCAACUCCAGUCAUCUGCAUUAGCAUUAUUGCCGGAGCUGAUGGUACAUUGAUUAGUGAACUCUUGUGCUGUUCUCCAACUGUUAGAGCAUGGAUUCUCUUAUCCCAUCUGAGCUCAGAUAAUCAGCAUGUUGUACUUUUACCUGUGUACAAAAUAUUGGAAGAUGCUUUAGAUGAUGAUGCUAGUUCAAGCUCAGUUGUCAUCAACUGCAAAGAUUGUGUCAAGCAGUGGCAGUGCCCCUGGGUCUCCUCUGUGAUUGAUGACAUAGCGCCAGUGUUCAGAAAUGUACUUGAGGGAAAUUACUAUUCAUCCUCGGACUAUUUCCUUGAAUGUAUUAAAGAAAGCACAUCAUUAUGGUGGGCACAAAGGAACAGCCUUGAUCAAUGCCUGAGCAACUUUCUACAGGAUAUGGAAGACUUGUGGCUUGGUCCUUGGAAGCACGUGCUUCUAGGUGAAUGGCUGGACUGCAACUAUCUAGACUCUAUACAAAAGAACCUCUCUAAAGAUGAGAAGAGUCUCUUGGAGCUUGUUGUAACAAAAAAAUGUUAUGUUGGUCUGAGGUGUGAAGCAUCUUCCAAAUCCUCGGAUGAAUUCGAUAACACAGUACAGUUAUUGUUCAAAAGAGUGCUCGAAAUGUCUGACAAUUUUGACCAGGCUGAAUACAACAGAAAACCUAUCAUUUUGGUUUUGGACUUCGAUGUGCAGAUGCUUCCAUGGGAGAGCCUACCAAUAUUGAGAAAUCAAGAGGUUUACCGAAUGCCUUCUAUAAGUAGCAUUUUUGCAACACUUGACAGAUGCCAAGAACAAUGUGAGACAAGUAGUUCAGCCUUCCCACUGAUAGAUCCCCUAGAUUCAUAUUAUUUAUUGAAUCCAGAUGGCGAUCUCAGCAGAACACAGAUGGAGUUCGAGAGCUGGUUUAAAGGUCAAAGAAUAGAGGGAAAAAUUGGAACUGUGCCCACUAUCGAGGAACUAUCCCAGGCCCUGAAAAACCAUGACCUCUUCAUCUAUUUUGGACAUGGAAGUGGUACACAAUAUAUUCCGGGGCAUGAGAUUCAGAAACUCGACAACUGUGCUGCUACUCUACUUCUUGGAUGUAGCAGUGGAUCUCUUUACCUGAAGGGCUCCUAUUUACCACAAGGGGCCCCAAUUUCCUACAUAUUGGCUGGGUCCCCAGUUAUAGUUGCGAAUCUGUGGGAAGUGACAGAUAAGGACAUUGACAGGUUUGGAAAGGCAAUGCUGAAUGCGUGGUUGAGAGAAAGAUCAGCCCUUUCAUCUGAGUGUACUCAAUGUAAUCCGCCUGUAAGCAACUCUAAGUUGAGAAUAUGUAAUCAUAGGCCGAGAAUCGGAUCGUUUAUGGGUCAAGCUCGAGAUGCUUGCCAUCUUGGCCAUCUCAUUGGGGCAGCCCCUGUUUGUUAUGGUGUUCCCACUGGGAUAAUUAAAAGAAAAGAUGUAUAGUAACGAUUUGUUUUAUUGUAAUUCAGUUUUUGUGGUGUUGAUUGUAAAUGAGAUGGAUUAGUGAUAUGAAGUAUCCAAAUUGAG